AAGCGGUUGUGGGGCGUUAUUUUGUGUGAAGAUGUUGUAAAAAUUUUGUCUAGCGAAUUACAACAGAAAAGGGAGCGAAUAACUGAAUGAGAUUGUUGCAAAAAAAUAAAACAAAAAGAAGUUAUUUUAAAUAUAUUUGAUAAAUAUAAACGAACAUGUUUACCGAGGGCAUUUUUCCGAUUGGUGAUGGUCUCCUGGACAUUGAUGAGGAUAAACUGAAAGGAUUAUUAGUUCCACAUGACAUAAACGAAAUAUACGAUGUGGAACAGACUCCAUUUGCAAGAGGUAAAUUUGCAGCAGUGCGUCGCGCGGUACACAGAAAUUCCGGUGUACAUUUUGCGGCAAAGUUUCUGAAACGUCGCCGGCGCGCACAAUCCUCAGACAAGGAAAUCAAGCAUGAAAUCGCUGUGUUGAUGUUGUGCGAUGGCGCUGAUAACAUUGUCAAAUUAAAUGCUGUACACGAGACCCGUUCAGACACAGCGCUAUUAUUGGAAUUAGCGACUGGUGGUGAAUUACAAACCUUUUUGGACAACGAGGAGUGCCUCAGUGAGGCUCAAGCACGCAUUUGUAUGCGCGAAGUACUUAAAGCGCUUCAGUUUUUACACAAACGUUCAAUUGCACACUUAGACCUGAAGCCCCAAAAUAUUUUACUCACCGGCGAACGCAUCGAAGAUGGUUUGAAGUUAUGCGAUUUCGGUAUUUCACGUGUUGUUGCUGAAGGCACAAAUGUACGUGAGAUUGUUGGCACACCAGAUUAUGUCGCCCCAGAAGUUUUACAAUAUGAACCACUUUCACUGCUGACCGACAUUUGGUCAGUGGGCGUGUUAGCAUAUGUACUGUUAUCGGGCUUUUCUCCAUUUGGUGGUGAAACGAAACAGGAAACAUUUCUAAACAUAUCACAAUGUUCGCUGACAUUUCCGGAUAAACUAUUUGGUGGCGUGUCCGGAGCAGCAAUUGAUUUCAUACGUCGUUCAUUGCGAAUCAAGCCAAAUGAUCGCAUGACAGCUGCAGGAUGUCUCGAGCACAUUUGGUUAAAGGACGAAUGCUCCAUCGAUAGACAAUUGUUCAGCAAUAUAUCGAAAAAAUCUACCACAGAUGCAAGCGUCGACCUCGAUAUUGACUUAGAAGUUGAUGAAGACGAAGAGGAGGAGGAGGAGGAUGAAGAUGAAGAAGACGUUGAAGAUGAUGUUGAAAACAUUGAUGACGAGGAUGAUAUAUCGACAGAGGAAAACAAUGUUAGCAUUAAUGGUAUUAACAAUUUAGGGUCGUCCGAUACGGAAAUACUAGUAGACCAACGGCAGGUUAUCAGCAACAGUAAAAUGCACAAAAAUAGUAACGGUAGCAAUACAAAUGGCAUUAGCUAUAUACAUGCAAAUGGCACUAACGUUAAGCAUUGUGAAACGAACUUAAAUGGUUCAACGAAAACUUCGACUGCAAUUCUAACCGUGCCAGCUACACGUGCUACAACCAUACCACUGUGCAGCAUGCAGCAAGCACAACAUCAGCAACAACAGUUACAUAUCGCUCGUCGUCAUUCUUCAGACUCAAAUAAAGAGAAUACUUUUCUGGCCACAAAGAAAAUAAUACCGGCGAACCUCAUAAAUGGUAGCAGUAAAUCACCCACAACCACUACAACAGCAACAAUAAUUAUUGAAUCAUCUGAUAAACCUCCAGCAUUGCCAACAACAACAAACUCAACUGUAGUCACUACAAUUACACUGCCAAAUGGAAGCAGCAAAACCGAUAAAAAUGGUCAAGCACAAUGUUUAUUCCCGGAUGCACCAACAACACCUAAAGUCAUACGAAAAGCGCCAACGGCGGAUACGUCACCAACAUCAGUUAAAGCUUUAGUAAAAAAGUUUCAACUUGAAGGUAACAACUGUACUGAAAAGCCAACACUUCAUUUAAAAGAGGCGCAAGUUAAUCAUUACCAUCAAGCACAACAACAACAGCAACAACCACAGCCGCACCAACAUAUAAAUGGCAUCAGCACUGCAAAAUCAACAACAACAACAACUACGCCAACAUUAAACGGUAAAGCGACUGGCAACACAAAUUGUUUCAACACUCCCGAUAAACCUAUAACACAUGAGCAUAAAAAAUCAUAUAGUCAUUCAAUUAGCAACAACAGCAAUGGUCACAGCAGCACUAAUCAUAUG